AUGGUACUUGAUGAAGCAUGGAAUAAGACAACUCUUUUGCAUGGCCAUGGAGGUGUUCGGCCUCUUCAUAUCAUAGCUUUAAUAUUAGGAAUUAUAAAUUGCAUGCUUAAUGGCACUAUAUGUUUUUUCACAAUACCAACUAUGGCCAAUUUGUUUGCUCAUAAUAAUUUGAACUGCCCACGUUGGACAAUUAUCAUCGGGUCAGGAUUUGAAAUUGGGCUCGAUCGCAUGCGAAAAUAUUUAAGCAUAGCUGUAGCGGUAGAAAGACUUGUCGCACUAUAUUGGCCACAACGUUAUUAUACAGCCAAUCACUCUCACAUCAUGCAAUAUGUUUUUAAAAUUGGAUUAAUUUGGAGCAUUCUUGAUGCUUUGGCAAUGAUUUCCGAAGAUGAUCUGAAUAAAGAUAACGAAAAGACAAAUUUAUUGUCGUUUCAGAUACGAGUACACUGUGUAACUACCUCAUCAUCCGGUCGAAUGUUUCACACCUAUUAUCUUUUGUCGAGUUUAAUAUUCAGCUUUAUUCUUCUUGUUCUUUAUUCAUUACUGAUUAUAAAGUUAUGUUUUCUAAAAAUCACACAUUUCAAUUAUGUCCGUAAUAUGCGUUCAGUUAAAAAUUACAAAAACUAUAAGCAAGCAAAUUCUUUGGCAGUACUUAUAAUUCUUUCAGUUAUUUCAUUUUCAGCUGUACCUUCAGCCCUUUAUUGCUAUGACCUUGUACUUGGGCAGAUUGUAUUUAUGGAAUGGGGCCCAGUGGUUACAAUUGGUUGUCAUUUGUAUGGAUGCACAAGUUUUUUUUUCUAUAAUUGGCAGCAUAAGGAAAUUCAAACAGCAUUUAGGUAA